AUGAAUGACAGCACAGAUAGAGGUGAAAAUCAUGAUAUAACUAUAAAAAUGCAGGAUUCAAUUGAUAGUAUGAGCAAGAAUGCAACCUCUUCACCCAAGGUAGUUCCUUUGUCAAAUAAUCUGUCCCUAUUAAACUCAAUCGAAAAACACAGCAAAGGUCUGCCAUCAAAAGCUAGAUUUAGCAGAUCUCCUCGUCGGUUUCAAAAACUAAAACCAGAUAAUGAGUCGUCGGUUGAUUCUUUUGAAUUAAAUGCCGAUGUCCUACAACAACAUCAACAACAGACAAGUAAACAAGAAUAUGAUGAACUAGAGCGACGAUUCGCUGACACCUUACUCAAAUACGAGCAUAUAAAAGUUGACAAUCAACGGUUAAUAGAUGAACUACACCUGAAUCAGGAGGAAAUUGAUUCGCUCAAAUCCCACAUAAAAUUGGUUGAACAAACUGUUGUUGAUAUGGAAUCCGAAAAACAUGGAAUACAAGAGGCCUUCAAGAAAAAUGAAUCAAUGUACAGGAAGGUAGUAGAAACCUUACAAAACAAAGUAGAAGAUUUGAGUCUGCAACUUUCAAUUAGCAUUGCUCCAUCGGUGGCCGAACUUCGUGAUCGUGAUAAUAAUUUAGUGCAUAAAUAUGAAAAACUUUUACGUGACUAUAAGGUUCUUCAGCAUCAAUAUGAAGUUGAAAAGAGCUCAAAGCUUGUUUUAAUGGAUCAGAUUGAGUUUUUAGCACACAAGAAUGAAGAACUUGUCAAUCAAUUGGAGAGUCCAAUUACCGAUGAUUUAGAGAGUGAAGAUAAAAGUAUUGAUCAAUUUAUAAACCACGCAACUCACACCAUGAAUGAGAUAGCAAAUGAAGAGGAGGAGGAUGAAGAAGAAGGUGGUGAUGUAUGUGAAGAGUUCUACAGCGAAAAAGAUGGUACAUCAGACUCUAUUAAAGUUACAUCUCAUUUCCAGUUCCCACCUUCGCCAGACCCCCAGUCGAAAGAACGGAAAAGACAGUCACUACCAACUAAUUUCGCUUCACAAUCUAUUCCCCAACCUAAUGAAUUUGUAUUAUCGCCAUUCAAAUUAACACCUGGGGUAUCGUCGUCCACUACAGAAGACAAGGAUGCGAUGUUUGACAAUCCAGACAAUUCGAUAGUCAAACGAUACUCGAAAACAAAACCUACUCACACUAGAUACAAUAGUCAUGAUAUACUACCGAUAAAGGUGGAGUUUGAACCAGACUCGGUCAGAUACACUUCUAUGCCCGAAAAGGUGCAUAGACAGGAUCUGGGAUUUGACGUGAUUGAAGAGUCAUUUGUCGAGGACUACGCUAAACUAAAUCACCGAGACGGGACAUUUUUUGCCCUUAAUGGUACCGGUUCUGAAGAUACCGGCUUUGAUACAAGUAAACGUAUGUCGUAUGAUGAUUUUGACCUGUCGUCCAAGCGUUCGAGUUACAUAAACGCUGAUAACAAGACUCGACAGGAAGUUACAAAGCUCAAGUUUGAACUUCAAUCGUUGAAACUACAUAAUGAAAAAUUGUUAUCGUAUAUUGGGUUUGAGUUGCAAAAACAGAAAAAGAAUAUCAAGAAAUUGGCCAAAAAGCAGUCUUCUAAUUCGAUGAGAGCAUUGAACAAACAAAUGGAGUACUCGGAUGCAAAACUCAUUGAAGAGUCCAAGAACAUGUUAAUCAACAAAAAGAGAGUAUUGAGGUCAGUGUCGAUCAAUGCCGUGUUUAAUAAGAAUGAAAAGUUUGCCACCAACCCAGUUGGAAUCAAUCAUGCUGGCGUCAACAAUGGUGAACUCAAUGCAGCUCCAGAAGUGUAUUCGUAUGAUGAGGAGUCCAACGAUCAACAACUGGAAUCCAAUUUUGUUAAUGAUAAAAUAGUGAAAAAGUUUGCCUCGCAAAUCUUCCGCCCAAACGACUUGUACUCGCUAAGUGAGGAUGAGGCAGAUUCUGACUUUGAAAAUGAUACUUGGGAACUAGGUGCAGACGGUGAGGAUGAUACAAAUUUGAACGAAGAGUACUAUGCCACUUCAUCCUCAUCAUCCUCGUCGGAUGAAGAGUUGAAUAUGCUUCAUAAGAUAAGAUCAUAUGUAAUGGGGCCGACAAAGGAUUCGAAAUCCAAGUCAAAAAGGAGACUGAAGGAUGACUUAGUUGAUGAUAAUUUGAAAUUCAAGUUUCUCACCAUUGCUUUGGGUAUUGCUAUAAUAGGAUUGAAACUAACACCGAAAUCGCAACAAAUGGCGAUAGGACAGUAG